UGACAGUGUGACACUCCCCCGACUAAAAGAGUUGCAGGAAGUUGCGUAUGAAGAUUAGCUGCUCGCUACCAUGGCGCCUCUAGACCUGGAUAAGUAUGCAGAGAUCGCUAAACAGUGUAAAUACCUGCCAGAGAACGACCUCAAGCGCUUAUGUGACUAUGUGUGUGAUCUCCUGCUGGAAGAGUCCAAUGUCCAGCCUGUCUCCACUCCUGUGACAGUAUGUGGAGAUAUACAUGGACAGUUUUAUGAUCUAUGUGAGCUUUUCCGGACGGGCGGCCAGGUUCCGGACACAAAUUAUAUUUUUAUGGGUGAUUUUGUAGACCGGGGUUACUAUAGUCUGGAGACGUUCACCUACCUGUUGGUGUUAAAAGCCAAAUGGCCUGACCGCAUAACUCUCCUACGCGGAAAUCACGAAAGCCGACAGAUAACUCAAGUUUACGGCUUUUAUGACGAGUGUCAGACGAAGUAUGGAAAUGCAAAUGCAUGGCGUUACUGCACCAAAGUGUUUGAUAUGUUAACAGUUGCAGCUUUAAUGGAUGAACAGAUCUUGUGUGUGCAUGGAGGCCUGUCUCCAGACAUUAAAACUUUGGAUCAAAUUCGGACCAUUGAACGGAACCAGGAGAUCCCACACAAAGGAGCAUUUUGUGAUUUGGUGUGGUCAGAUCCAGAAGAUGUUGACACUUGGGCCAUCAGUCCCAGAGGAGCUGGAUGGCUGUUUGGUGCAAAGGUCACAAAUGAGUUUGUUCACAUCAACAACCUGAAGCUGAUCUGUCGAGCGCAUCAGCUUGUCCAUGAAGGCUACAAGUUCAUGUUUGAUGAGAAGCUGGUGACAGUGUGGUCGGCUCCCAACUACUGCUACCGCUGUGGAAAUAUCGCCUCCAUUAUGGUCUUCAAAGAUGCAAACACACGAGAGCCAAAGCUCUUCAGAGCGGUGCCCGACUCUGAAAGGGUCAUCCCGCCCCGUACGACAACACCGUAUUUCCUGUAAAAAUACAUCCAAACCAAACACAACGCAGCCACUCUUUUCAUAAUGACAAGACGAUGGCAUCAGCACUUGUCAGCAAGUAUGAAUUGUGUGUAGUGCAUUUAGAGCUUAAAUGGUGCAUAUAAUUAAGGCCAGCUGUCAACUGUUUUUAUUGCAUACAAAUGGAAAACUGUGAAUAAGAAAUGGACACAGCCCUACAGUUACAAAAAAA